AUGACCACACCCGAGAAGACCAUCACCCCCGACAUUGUCGCCACCGAGAACACUACCGAGGCUGGCAGCAGCAGCAGCAACCCCUUCUUAACUACCGAUGAGACCCACGACAGAGCCAUCAGCCUCGUCCUCGAUACCUCGCCUUUCCUGCGCGGUGGAGCCUCCAAGCUGAGAGCCCUGGCGGACAAGUUCUAUACCAUCCCCGAGGUCCUGAACGAAAUUAGAGACAAGCAGGCGCGCAAGGAUCUCGACAUGCUCCCUUUUGAUAUCCAGGUCAUCAACCCCAACGAGUCCUCUGUCCGCGCUGUUGCUGCCUUUGCCAGGAAGACAGGAGAUUCUGCUGUUCUGUCCGCAACCGAUCUUCGUGUCUUGGCCCUGACUUACCAGCUGGAAUUCGAGAACUGUGGCAUGAAGCGUAUCCGUGCCGAACCCGUCCGCGCUAACGUCCAGCCCACUGGCAACAAGCCCCCAGCAACCCCCAGACGCACCAAGAACUCUGCAAAGGAAAUUACUGGCGAUUUCGAGGAUGAGGAGCCCACAACUACCGCUGAGGACAGCCAACAGCAAGAGCAAGGAAACACUGUGUUGGAGGAGGAGGAGGAGUCUGAUGAUGAUGAGGAGGAGGCAGUUGCAGCUGAGGAUCAGGAUGUUCAGGAGAUUUCAGGAAAGCUCGAGAACUUGACGACAGUGGAGGGAAAGACCGAGUCUGCAGAGCAGAAGGAGACCAAGGAUGCUUCAGAGUCGACUCCAGCAGCAACAGAGGAGAACAACGAGGACGAUGAUGAUGAUGGUGAGUGGAUCACACCCGAGAACGUCAAAAAGUUCAAGCGCCACGGCACAUUGAAGCCCAAGAAGAAGGCCCGCAAGACGCUGUUGAUGCAGGUUGCCUGUACGACGGCCGAUUACGCGAUGCAGAAUGUUCUCCUCCAGAUGGGUCUCAACCUGUUGUCGAUCGACGGACUUCGGAUCAGCAAAGUCAAGAAUUGGGUCCUGAGGUGCCAUGCCUGCACCAAGGUGACCCACGACAUGGAGAAGAAGUUCUGCCCCAGCUGUGGAAACUCGACGUUGAUGAGGACCUCGACUAGCACAGACCAGAACGGCAACGUCAAGUACUACCUCAAGAAGAACAUGGUCUACAACCUCCGCGGCACCAAAUACUCAAUCCCGGCCCCCAAGGGAGGUCGCAAGAACAACGAUUUGAUUCUGAGGGAGGACCAGCGCGAGUUUGAGUUGUCGAUGAAGUUCCAGAGACGCCAGAAGAAGAUUGAUGCUUUUGACCCGGAUUACGUGCCCCGUCUGCUUGAGGGCCAGAUCGAUGUCAGGAACCCCUUUGGAGCACCUGUCAUUGGAUAUGGCAAACGGAACCCAAACGCUGUCAAGAAGAACCAGACCCUCAGGAGGAGAAGAUAA